ACACGUGAAGUCCGCCAUUAUUCGUCGAAAUUGUGCGAGAGAGAAAAAAUCAUGCUAUCUCAUUCUAGUGGCGCUGUAAGUUGUAGCUGAUUGUAGCUCUACAAACUUCAUAGUUUCUGUUUCGUCUCGCCUCAUGAAUCGUAUCAUUUUAAAGACGCAAUUAUUCUUUGUUCUAAAAAAAAAAUGAAAAUGGUUUGGUGCUCAGUUCCCUUCUGCAAUAAUUCCUCUGAAAAGGGAUAUAGUAUGAAAGUUCUUCCAAAAGAUCCAGAACGUCGAGCUAAAUGGAUACAUGAAAUAAAUCGCAAACAUUGGGUGCCUACAAAUAAUUGUUAUGUAUGCGAGGUGCAUUUUGCUCCUGAAAUGUGGGAAUGCAGAACUGACAAAAAAAAAUUAAAACCAAAUGCAAUACCAACUAUUUUUGGUUAUUACAUAAAAGAGAAAGUAAUAGAAGAUCUAACAAAUGAAAUUUCUUACUUUACAUCUGAAAAAGAUGUUCAAGAUGAAGAAGUAAUAGUAAUAAAUGAUUAUCUCGACUCUACAUCUAAUAAAGUUGAUAUGCAAAAUGUUCAAAACAAUGAUGAUGUCCAGAAUGUAGAAGUAAGUAAUAAAUGA